AUGGGGAAAAGAGGCAGAAAUAGAACAGCUGCAAAGAGAUUGCCAUUUCGUUUGUGGAAAAUUUUCACACGGGAUGUUUUUGCAGUAAAAUACGAAGGGGAAGCAAACAAACACAACAGAGGACCAGCUAUAUGGGAUAUUUUUACUGAGGAACAUACAGACAAUACUUUUGAUACUGUAGAGAGAAUACUGGAUCACAGCAAUGGCAAUGUGGCAGUUGAUUUUUAUCAUCGCUACAAGGAAGAUGUGCAAAGAAUGAAGGAAAUGGGAAUGGAUGCUUUUAGAUUCUCAAUUUCUUGGCCGAGAGUAUUGCCACAUGGGAAGCUAAGUGCUGGAAUAAACACAGAAGGCAUCCAAUUUUACAACAAUCUCAUUGAUUAUCUCCUGCAAAAUGGUCUAAAACCUUUUGUUACUCUCUUUCAUUGGGAUACUCCACAAGCCCUUGAAGAUAAAUAUGGAGGUUUUCUAAGCAGUAACAUUGUCGUUCAAGGUUAUGACUUGGGCGCCAUGGCACCUGGUAGAAUAUCAACUGUGGUGGAAGAUUCUUACCAAUCCAAGAAUACAGGUGCUACUGAAGUUUAUGUAGUUGGCCAUCAUUUACUACUUGCUCAUGCAACAGCUGUGAAAUUAUACAAAGAAAAAUAUCAGGCAUGUCAAGGUGGAAAGAUUGGCAUAACUCUCGUUUCUCAUUGGUUUGAACCGUACUCGAAUAGUGAAGCCGAUAAAAAUGCAACUAAAAGGAGCAUUGAUUUUAUGCUCGGCUGGUAUAUGGACCCUCUAACCAAAGGCGACUAUCCACAAAAUAUGCAUGAUAAUGUUGGAGGAAGAUUGCCCAAAUUCACCAGUGAAGAAUCUAAAAUGCUCAAAGGAUCCUACGACUUCAUUGGACUUAAUUACUACACCACGUAUUAUGCUCAAAGUAUGGAGAGUGUUGAUUAUAAAGAUGCAGGGUUUAUGACAGAUGUUCGUGCUAAUUGGCCAGGUGAAAGAAAUGGCGUUCCAAUUGGUCCACAGGCGGGUGUGAAGUGGCUCUACAUUUAUCCAGAGGGUAUCCGUCAGCUUUUGAAUUACACAAAAGAUGUAUAUGAAAAUCCAACAAUUUAUAUUACUGAGAAUGGGGUUGAUGAUGUGAGCAAUAAUUCUUCGUCACUAGUGGAAGCCCUCAACGAUCCUAUAAGAGAAAAGUAUUAUAAAGAUCAUUUGAAGAAUGUUCUACGAUCCAUUAAUGAUCAUGGAGUAGAUGUUAAAGGGUUCUUUGCUUGGUCAUUUAUGGACAAUUUCGAAUGGGGAAGUGGUUACUCAGUGAGAUUUGGACUCUACUACGUAGAUUUCAAAAAUGACUUGAAACGAUAUGCCAAGAAAUCGGUUAAGUGUAAUGGAACACAGAAAAUGGGAAGGGACACCCCAAACCCUAAAGUGGAACGUGAUGCUAAAAGGUCAAGAAAGGAGUAA